GGCAGCAGCUCCAUGGCCCGGGCGCGCUGAGGGACCCGGCUCUCGCUUCAGCCCGGCGGCGGCCGAACAAUGAAGCUCCUGAAGCCAACCUGGGUCAACCACAAUGGCAAGCCGAUUUUUUCAGUUGAUAUUCAUCCUGACGGGACCAAGUUUGCAACUGGAGGACAAGGGCAGGAUUCUGGGAAGGUUGUGAUCUGGAAUAUGUCUCCAGUCCUCCAGGAGGAUGACGAGAAGGAUGAAAAUAUUCCCAAGAUGCUUUGCCAGAUGGACAAUCACUUAGCAUGUGUGAACUGUGUGCGGUGGUCAAACAGUGGGAUGUAUUUAGCUUCUGGGGGAGAUGACAAACUGAUUAUGGUGUGGAAGCGGGCUACGUACAUCGGGCCCAGCACUGUGUUUGGUUCCAGUGGUAAGCUCGCCAAUGUGGAGCAGUGGCGGUGUGUCUCCAUCCUCCGGAGUCAUUCAGGCGAUGUGAUGGAUGUAGCGUGGUCUCCUCAUGACGCCUGGCUAGCCUCAUGCAGCGUGGAUAAUACUGUCGUCAUCUGGAAUGCUGUGAAGUUUCCAGAAAUUCUCGCUACUUUGAGAGGUCAUUCUGGUUUGGUGAAAGGGUUAACUUGGGACCCUGUUGGUAAAUAUAUUGCCUCCCAAGCUGAUGAUCGCAGCCUGAAAGUCUGGAGGACAUUGGAUUGGCAACUAGAGACCAGCAUCACAAAGCCUUUUGAUGAGAGGGAACAGGCUCUGCCCAAGGUAGUGACUCUGAAUGGUCUGGGCAUUCUGGUAUGCUCCAUGGAUGGCUCUGUGGCAUUCCUUGACUUCUCUCAGGAUGAACUCGGAGACCCCCUGAGUGAGGAAGAAAAGAGCCGCAUUCAUCAGUCCACCUAUGGCAAGAGUCUAGCCAUCAUGACCGAGGCCCAGCUCUCCACAGCUGUCAUUGAGAACCCUGCGAUGCUCAAGUACCAGAGGAGGCAACAGCAGCAGCAGCAACUGGACCAGAAGACUGCUACAGCCAGGGAGAUGGGCUCAGCUUCUUCAGUAGCAGGUGUUGUCAAUGGAGAGAGUCUGGAAGAUAUCAGGAAGAACCUUUUGAAGAAACAAGUUGAAACACGGACAGCAGAUGGUCGGAGAAGAAUCACACCUCUCUGCAUAGCACAGCUGGACACUGGGGACUUCUCCACGGCCUUCUUUAACAGCAUCCCACUCUCCGGCUCCCUGGCAGGCUCCAUGCUCUCCUCUCCUAGCAGUCAGCAGUUACUGCCACUGGACACCAGUACCCCCUCUUUCGGCGCCUCGAAGCCUUGCACAGAGCCUGUGGUGGCCACUGGUGCCAGGCCUACAGGCGAAUCUGUCAGUAAGGACAGUAUGAAUGCUACCUCUACUCCUGCUGCAUUGUCACCCUCCGUGUUAACAACCCCAUCCAAGAUUGAACCCAUGAAAGCAUUUGACUCCCGGUUUACAGAGCGGUCCAAAGCCACACCAGGUGCUCCUUCCUUGACCAGUGUGACCCCAACAUCUGUCGAAAGGUUGAAAGAUCAGAACCUUAUGAAAGACCUGAGGCCCCGAGACCUCCUGGAAAGCAGCAGUGACAGUGAUGAAAAGGCCCCCUUAUCCAAGCCCUCUUCCCUGUCUAAGCGAAAACUUGAGCUGGAGGUAGAGACUGUGGAAAAGAAGAAGAAAGGGCGCCCUCGGAAAGACGCCCGUCUCCUGCCCGUGUCCCUGUCUGUCCAGUCUCCAGCUGCCCUGACUGCAGAGAAGGAGGCUAUGUGUCUGUCUGCACCAGCACUUACAUUGAAGCUGCCUGUUCCAAGCCCCCAGCGAGCAUUCACUCUCCAGGUGAGCUCUGACCCUUCCAUGUAUAUUGAGGUGGAGAAUGAAGUGACGGCUGUGGCAGGAGUGAGGCUGAGCCGCCUCAAGUGCAACAGGGAAGGGAAGGAGUGGGAGACGGUGCUCACCAGCCGGAUCCUCACUGCCGCUGGUAGCUGUGACGUGGUAUGUGUUGCCUGUGAAAAAAGGAUGCUGUCAGUGUUCUCCACCUGUGGUCGCCGCCUCCUCCCUCCCAUCCUCUUGCCUUCCCCCAUCUCUACUUUGCACUGCACGGGUUCCUACGUCAUGGCGCUCACUGCUGCUGCCACACUGUCAGUCUGGGAUGUUCACAGGCAAAUGGUCAUAGUAAAAGAAGAAUCUCUACACUCCAUCUUGGCAGGAAGUGAUAUGACAGUGUCACAGAUCUUGUUGACGCAGCAUGGAAUCCCGGUGAUGAACUUGUCUGAUGGGAAGGCAUACUGCUUUAAUCCGUCACUCUCUACAUGGAACCUAGUUUCUGACAAGCAGGACUCACUGGCGCAGUGUGCGGACUUUAGGAACAGCCUACCAUCCCAGGAUGCCAUGCUGUGCUCAGGACCGUUAGCCAUAAUCCAGGGCCGCACCUCCAACUCUGGAAGGCAAGCUGCCCGGCUCUUCUCCGUGCCUCAUGUGGUACAGCAAGAGACCACGCUGGCCUACCUAGAGAACCAGGUUGCAGCAGCACUUACCCUGCAGUCUAGCCACGAGUACCGCCAUUGGCUCCUCCUCUACGCACGGUACCUUGUAAAUGAAGGCUUUGAAUACCGACUCCGAGAAAUAUGCAAGGACUUACUGGGUCCAGUUCACUGCUCCACUGGAAGCCAGUGGGAGUCAACAGUAGUGGGGCUGCGGAAGAGGGAGCUGCUAAAGGAGCUGCUGCCGGUCAUCGGGCAGAACCUCCGAUUCCAGCGCCUCUUCACCGAGUGCCAGGAACAGCUGGACAUCCUGAGGGACAAGUAGCCUGCCCUGGCUUGCCUCAGCUGCAGCGUGGACAGGGCCGUGCUCUCACUGCCGACAGUCGCCCAGGGCCAGCCACCCACCUGGCUGGGCUGCAGUGGGAUGAGGAGACACUGGCAGGAGACACGCUGUCCCGGGCCAGUGCCAGACUGGGUGUGCCCUGUGUCCUGGGCCUGAUGUCCCCUCAAAGAGGGGAAGCUUGUCCCUCCCUCCAGGGCUCCCCUCAAGGAGGUGGGACCAGGGCUCUGCCCAGACGCCCUGGCGCCAGCAAGGCCCUCCCCGCCUGCUGUCUCCAGCUCAGUCCUGAGGUAGACACCAGCCCCUGCCACUGCAGGUGCCACGCUGCUCCCACCAUGAUGAAUGAGCCAUUUGUGAGAGCAAGAAUCCAGAAACAUUAGGUAUUACACAGUCAUCAGACUGACCUAAGACCUGUGCAAGAGAAAAGCUGUUCCAACACGCGGACUAUUUUUGUACUAGAAUUUGCUAACUUGUAAUAUGGAAUUUUCUUUGGCCAAUAAUCAGGAUAUCCCUAUAAGUUACUUGGACAUUGGUUACUUGUAGGAAAUUUAAACUCUAAUUAUGACAGCUACACUGAAAAAUAAUUGUACUGAAAUUAACUUGUCUAUCUUCAUUUGGUUUAAUUUUUAAAUGUUUGUAAAAAGAGACUUUUUUGGGGGAUGGG